ACUUCUGCUAUUUCAUCUAUUUGUUUGUACAUACCCCGGGCUUCACAAAGCCAUUCUCCCUCCCAAACUCCCUCACCCAGCUGCUCGCGUCCAGAGCAGUCCUUCCCUAUCCUCCCUUCCCUUUAUACCCCUCACAAUGGCCGGAUGGAAAUCCGCUAGAGGCCUUCUCUCUUCCAUUGGCGCCGAUACCCUAUGGAAGUCCAGCCGGGACCUGAAGAUCCUGAUACUACUGCGCUUUAUCCGUUUGUUAGGCUAUGGUGGCACCACCCUUAUCCUGGCGCUAUAUCUCAAUGCGCUGGGCUUUCAAGAUAACCAGAUUGGACUUUUCAUGACGUUGACUCUUGUGGGAGAUCUUGCUAUUAGCUUUGUCCUCACUUGGGUCGGUGAUCGUGUUGGUGUCCGGUGGACUGCUGCUGUGGGCGCAUUGCUGAUGUGUGUUGGUGGCGUUGCGUUUGCGUAUUUGGAGAAUUUCUGGCUGUUGUUGCUUGCGAGCAUUAUAGCAGUCAUCAAUCCGAGCGCCAACGAAAUUGAUCCCUUCAAAGCAAUCGAGGAAUCAGCAAUCGCUCGUCUGAGCACGUCUCACACAUGCAACGAAAUGUUUGCCUGGUGGUCCAUGCUAGGCAUGUUUGGCACCGCCGCAAGCAACCUCCUCACCGGUUGGGUCAUCAACGCCCUGGAAGAUGCGGGUCUGGAAAAGGUCUCGUGUCACCGCGUGGUGUUUCUCGCUUAUGCUGCCAUUGGACUUGUCAAGUUGAUAUGCUCUUUGUUUCUGAGCGCAGACGUUGAGCAGAUCGUUGAACAGAAGGAACAUUGUCCUACUCCGCCUUCCGGGUUUCAUCCUGUAGAGAGUGACGAGGAGGAAGAUGCGCCGCUUUUGACGGAGAAUAUCCCCAAUUAUGGUGGUGUUGUCAGUGAUUUGGAUAAUCCUGAAUCGCAGGCAAAGGUUGUUGCUGAUGUGCAGGAGAAACGUCUCUUUACCCCCGAGUCUUUCGAUUUUAUGUGGAAGCUUUCCAUCGCCAUGGGCCUGGAUUUCGUUGGUUCUGGUCUUGCGCAGAUUUCUUGGAUGAUUUAUUUCUUCAAGCGCGAGUAUGACAUGCCUGAAGGUGCUCUGGGAUCUGCAACCUUUAUAGCUGGUAUCAUCUCGUCGGUUCUCAACCUCGCUUCCUCCCCUCUUUCACGCGCCAUCGGUCAAGUCCAAACCAUGGUUCUUUGCCACACUAUCAAUUCUGCAUCACUGCUGAUGGUCAGCGUCCCCGGCAAUAAAUACGUCGCGCUCGCUAUUUUUAUCUUCCGCAUCGUCACUCGAGAAAUCGAUAAUGCACCUCGCCAGGCAUUUAUAUCCGCUGGUGUUUUGGACCAUGAACGCACUUCGGCCAUGGGUGUUGUUAAUAUCGUCAAGACGAUAGGAAGUUGUCUGGGAUUAUACGUCACUGGGUUGUUUGCUGGGCUGGACCAGUUUUGGCUUGCGUUUAUUGUUGCGGGUGCUUCGAAGCUAUCAUAUAAUGUCUUGAUUCUUGUGUUUUUCUGGAAGAGGCGUUGAAAAGUCUGUCUUUUAUGAUGAAAAUGUUUGGUCUGUCUUGGUUGGGGGUUUCUCCGGUGGUUUGGUUCGAGUGAGUUGGUUUAGCAUUGGAUAUGAUUGAUUAAAGGUUGUGGUUUGGGGUUGUGCUCGUUCUUAUUUCAGGUCUUGAGUGGUUUGCUUGUUUGCCAAGAGCUUGGCUGACAUUCCUUGAAGUAUUACAUUUUGGAGAGCAUAAUGUGUGGCGCGAGUAGUAGUACUAUGAGAUC